AUGGAUACACAAAUAGCGGAGGCAGUGAGCUACCUGCAGGCCGUCCGGUCCACGGACGGCCUGUCGGUCUUCGACCACCUCUCGGGGCUCGUGAAGAAGAUCCUCGAGGAGAAGCCCAUGGAGGCCGUCGACAUGCUCGAGGCCUCCAUGCUCACCCGCAAGGCCAACAACCACCCCGACCAGACGGACGACCUCCUCCCCGCCGCGCCCAACGAGGAGGAGCGCGCUCGCGCGAAGGCGGAGCGUUCGCUCUACCGGUCAGCAGAGGUUGGUAUCGACGAGGGCACGGGGGAGGCGGCGGACACGGAGCCGCCGAACGACUUCGAGUGCGAGGACGUGAUGCAGCACGCGCACAUGCUGGACCUCGUCGGGUGCGGCCUGAAUCGCACGGAGAUGUACGGCGUGAUGAUGGCGAUGCGGAAGCUGGGCGAGGACCCGAACAUCAAGGCGGCGACGGUGCGGUUCUUCGGGAAGAUUCUGGGCACGCACGCGGACUACUACGUGUUCGAGACGACGCUGAAGGAGGCGCCCGGCGGCGAGGACGAGGCGCUGGCGCCCGGGGAGGUGCCCGCGGAGAAGGGCGUCGGGACGAACGCGUACGUGUACUACGUGUGCAACCACCUCGGCGGCAAGUUCUCCAAGCUCCCGGACGUGACGCCUAAGCAGAUCAAGGCCGCGCGCACCAUCAAGAAGUUCGUCACCGGCAACCUCGCCGCACCCGUCAGCGCCUACCCGGUCUACCCGGGCAAGGAGGCCGAGUUCCUCCGCGCCCAGAUCGCGCGCAUCGCGCACACGACGGUGCUGUGCCCGAAGGACUUCUUCCUCGUGGACGAGGGCGAGAUGUCGCGCAACGAGGAGUACGAGGCCAAGACGUUCGACGACCUCCUGGCGAUGGAGAACUGGAGCCACCGGUACCCGCACGUGAAGAUGCAGGGGCGGUGCGAGGUGUGGCGGCCGGAGCCCGAGGGCGACGAGGAGGAGGAGGAGAAGGAGCCGACGGAGGAGGAGGCCGAGGAGGGCCCCGAGCAGCUGUCGACGGUCGAGGCGGACGGCGCGGUGCUCGGCGGCGCCGCGUGGACGCCCGUGCCGAGCAGCGGGCUGCCCGGCGUGAAGAACAAGAUCGUCGCGCUGCGGAGCAACCUCUGGCCCGGCGCCGUGUCCGUCUCCAACGGCAACCAGUUCUGCAACGUCUAUGUUGGGCACGGGCUGAAGAAUGAGGUGUUCACGCCGAUGCCGCCGCCGGCCGUGGCGCUCGAGUACGACCAGAAGCUCAUGGAGAGCACGGACCUGCCGCCCAAGGUCGAGGACAAGCCCGAGGGGGAGGAGGAGGAGUGA